CUGUCACAUGACAAGAGCCCGCGAAAACAGAACGAAGGCGCGAGUUUAUUGACUGUGUUUUCUCUUCAUCGGCUGUUUUCUCCUAAUUUUUUUCUUAUUUUUAUCACUUUUAUCGAACGCUUCACAGAGCUCUACAGUACUAUUCUGCAAUCUGUGGGAACUUUUUUGAGGCCAUGCCUGCAUUGAAAACAAAGAAGGCUGAUCAGGAUAGUGGUAGUGAAGCCUCAAGCCCAGCCGCAUCUGACUCCACUCCUGUCUCGGAAUCCCAAAAGGAAGAGUCUCGCCGUCGUAGUGGGAGGCAGUCUAAGCAAAGAAUCUUGUUCGGGCAUGGAGAAUCACCAGCUUCAACCUCCAGUUUGGCCAGGAAACCUGGAUCUACCAAGAAGCGUGUCACAGUAGAUGAGAGUGGGUCAGAGGACGAAGACAGAACUGGAAAAUCAUCAGAUUUUGAAGGUAGCAGUGAUAGGAGCGAUGAUGAAACACCAACUCCUACUCCUAAAAAGAACACACCAACGAGGGGAAGAAAAGGCACUCUUACUCCAAAAAAUAACCCAUUUGCAAAGAAACCAAAAGCUGCAAGUACAGGGAGGGCUAGAGGAAGAAAGAGAAAGUCCCAGGCAGCUGAUGAUGAAGACCAGGGAUCACUAUUUGAUAUUGUCAAGGCUGGAAAGGGGGCGUUACAGGCUGUAGUGGAUGACUGGAUAGAAAGAUAUAACAAAGACAAGGAAGAUGCUAUGGUGGACAUUAUACACUUCUUUGUUCAGUGCUGUGGAUGUAAAGGUAUUGUGACACGUUCAAUGUUGGAUGAAGAUGAAAAUGUUGAUGCUGUCAGACAACUCACAGAACAAUUUGAAGAGGAAAGUCAUGAGUACCCUCUUAUCAUGUCUGGACAGGCACACAAAAAGUUUAAGGCAAAUUUUGUGGCAUUUGUUCACACUCUGAUAGUUCAGUGCCAGCAUUCGAUCAUUUACGAUGAGUACAUGUUGGAUACACUUGUGUCUUGGCUGAUCAGGUUAUCUGAUUCACAAGUCAGGGCUUUCAGGCACACGAGCACAUUAGCAGGGAUGAAGCUGGUCUCUGCACUGAUUCAUAUCGCCAAAAAUGUGCAUGUGGAACUGGACAACACACAGCGACAACUUGAUAGUGAGAUACAGAAAUCCUCCUCCAAGAAGGCAGUCGAAAAAAUUGAAAUGCUCCAAACAAGACGACAAGAGUUGAGGCAAAACAUCAGUGACUUAGAGGAAAUGAUGAACUUUAUCUUUCAAGGAAUGUUUGUUCAUCGGUACAGGGAUUCUAGGCCUGAGAUUAGAGCCCUUUGUAUUGCAGAGAUUGGCCAGUGGAUGAAAGAAUACAGUACCCUGUUUUUGACUGACAGAUACCUGAAGUACAUUGUUUGGAACCUCCAUGACAAGGUUGGAGAGGUUCGUCUCAAGUCACUGCAAGCUCUUCAAAACUUGUAUGAUGAUGAAGAUUUGAUUCCCCACCUUGAUGCACUCUCAAGCAGAUUUAAGGAUAGAUUUGUAGCCAUGACUCUUGACAAAGAGAAUGAUGUUGCCGUGGAAGCUGUCAAGCUAACAAUUGCCCUGUAUGAUAAUGACAAACUGGAUGAAGAAGACUGCCAGCAAAUCCAGUUGUUGGUAUUCUGUACCCAUCGCCAGGUAGCCCAUGCUGCCGGCGAGUUUCUUGCCAAAAGGAUAAACGAUGCUGCUGAAGCUGACCUCAAAGCUUCCAAGUCCAAAAAGGGAAAACAUGAAAAAGUUCUAAAAGUGCUGGAAAUUAAGAGACUUUUGGACUUUUUGAUAAGCAGUGAGGUGCAUAAUCAUGCAGCCUAUUUGGUGGACAGUUUGUGGACAUCUAUGCCGAUCAUCAAGGAUUGGCGACUUAUGACAGAAAUGCUUCUUGAUCAGUCUGAUAAAGAUGCACUUGAAGAUAAAGAGGAGGAUGCGCUGAUCGAAAUAAUGGUCAGUUCCUGUCAGCAAGCUGCGGAAGGUCUUGGGCCUCCGGGGAGAGUAGUGCGCAAGUUGUUGAGCAACAAAGAGAGGAGGGCAGUGGAAACAGAGAAGAAGGAGCUAAGUGCCCACUUCAUGCAGACAAUACCUGAUUUGCUUUCAAAAUAUGGUACUGAUGAUGACAAGGUUAUUAGUCUAGUGACUGUGCCUCAGUUCUUUGAUCUGGAGGAAUAUGGGCAACGUCGACUAGGAAAGCACUUGGAUGAGUUGCUCACCCAACUUGAGGACAUUGUUGACAAACAUUCCGAUGCAAUGAUCCUUCAAGAGUGCGCUAAGACCUUCCGAACAUUGACCGAUAAUGAAUACACCCUGAGCACUACAUCGGAAGUUGCAAGAAAUAAAGUAAUCGAUCAGUUUGUGGAGAAGUUUAAGGAGAGUCUUGUCCCUGGUCUCGACGCAGGUGAAGAUGAUGAUGACAAUCAAGAUAGAUUCGCUUUGACAACUGCCCUGGAGAAGAUUUCCGCCUUCUACAGAGCACAUGACCUUGGAAAAUGGAAGUUGUACGAUGGGCUUCAUAAGAUUAUGCAAAGAGCCACAGCCGGAAAGGAAAUGCCACCAGACAGGAUCGUGAUCCUUGCCAUCCAUUCAAUGCAAACUUUGCUACAAUGGGUCUUAGUGAACUUGGAUACAGGACACCCAGACAAGACGCAACUUAAGCGCCUUAAGAAGUGGACAUACACAUUUCUUGGCCAGUGCGAAGAGCUUGUCUCGUUCAGUAACCCUGACGUACAGAGAGAGGCAUUCAUGUGCUUGUGCGAUCUGUACAUAGUCUUUGCCAAGCAGCUGUGUAAUAGAUCGGCCCUGUUUGCGCCUCUUGUGUACGAACCCAGUACUUCAUUCCAAGCGACGUGUAGGGAUUUUGUAGUCAGCCAGGUCUUCAGCGAUCUAGAUAAUGAGGAGUCAGAAGAAGACGAAGAUGACGAGACGGAUGCCAAGGCAGAGGAGAUGAGCAGAAAAAGGAACUUGCUGGCAGGGUUCUGUAAACUUAUCAUCUACAACGUGUUUGAAAUGCCCCUAGUCUCUUCAGUGUUUGCACACCUGAUUAAGGGGUUCACGAAUUUUGGAGACAUCAUCAAGCACACCAUGAGCAAGUGCCGAGAGAUCAGUAAGACAGGCUUUAUGAAAGCAGUUCUGACAACACUACAGCAGGAGUUCUUAGAAGUAAAGGACGAGCAGGAGGAUAAGGUUGAUAUGGAUUCACCAGACUUCAUGGCAAUUAAGGAAUUGGCUCACCGCUUUGCGUUGAGUCUGGGUGUGGAUAUUACCAAGGCGCAAGCAAGACAAGCGUUGAUCUUUCUACACAGAGAGGGAAUCAAAUACUCGCUGAGCAGGCCACAAGGAAAGAGACAGUCGCCCAAGAAGGCGGAAGGACCUCCUCCCAAUCUUGCAUUCCUCGAUAUCUUGGGGGAGUUUUCCUUCAGACUCAUCCAGCAAGACAAGAGCGGACGCAAUGGGAUCUUGGCAUUCCUAGAGGAUCAAGCCAAAGAGAAGCUACAAAUGACAGGCGACCCAUGGAAGCCCCUUAUCACGUACAGGAACAGUCUGGUUGGACACGAGGAAGAGGACAAUGAGCAGCAAAAGUCUGACAAGGCCAAAGCACCGCGAGGACGAGGCCGUAAGGCAGCACCUGCCGCAGUCACAGCUAAAACGACACCACCGACUUCUGCUGGCAGAGGCCGCAAGAGGCAGGCACCCGCUACGCCCGAGCAGGAAGAGGACAGCUCGGACGGCUCUGAAAAUACGCCUCUUGCAAGGCUUAAAAAGACCAAGGUACAAAGCAAAUCCCAAGAAGAGGAGUCAGACACGGGCGAGGAGAGCGGACCCGAAAGUGCACCACCCUCGCAACAAAAGCGAAAAAAGCCUGAAUCAUCACAGUCCGACGUGGACGAAGAAUUUGAGAGUGUACCGGCAUCAUCUCAGCGAUCAUGGCUUGCGAGUCAGCAAAAGGCGAGUAAACGGCCCCGUGUCAGCUACGGCAAGAAGGACAAAACAAACACAAGUAGAAUUAGUGUUGAAGAAGCUGACAUUGAAGACUACGAAAGUGAAGAAGAGACGCCCACACCAAAGGCUCCCAUCAAAGUGAGAAGAGAAAGGCGCGCGGUACCGGAAGACUUGUUUGGAGACUCGCAGGACAGUAGAGCCACGGAUGAAGACCUCGAUGCUCCAGUCUUGUGAUACUAUUGGCUGCUAUCGCCAUGGGUACGAUACAUCGGUGAGACCGAUUCGGGCAGGAUGGGGGCACAUCUAAACCAAAAUGGAAACGUGGUGGAUUCGCUGGGUACCUUUACCUUAGUGUAGUAGAAAGACUGAUUUGGUCAAGUCGGGACUCCACUAAACAACAACGGACACGACGACGGACUUUGUUGAACGUCUGAUGGAAAAAUGCCCCUACUGGGCUCAAGCAAAUUAACAGACACCGAGGAUAGCUUCAUAACCACCUAAGAACCGCAUCUCUUGUGUACAAAGCUCACGUAAGAAAGUGCUUUGGGUGGUAACACUACAUGAAAUAUUCCAUUUAUUCCAUUCGAAAAAAGCUCGCUUUUGGUGAAAUCAUAAAAGCUUUAUUGAGGAAGAUCUGUAUUUCGAUUGUUGAUAACACAUUUGACGUGGUACGUAAAAACGUAUUUUAGUUUUUAUACAUUGUUUAUACACUUGUCAUUGUACAUUAUACACUUUUAGCAUGUAUAGAUAGCCAGUGGGCUUUCAGGUGUAAAACUUUUUAUUGAAUAAAAAAAAGCUAAACAAUA